CCACGACGUACCAACAGUACACUCUCUCUCUCUCUCUUCUCUCGCAUAUAUUCUGCUCUCAGCACAUCGAAAUAUUUAUCCAUGUCCUCAUAGAACUCAAACUCUCUCUCUUCGUGCAAAUCCAGGGGUAGCUGCCACAUCUCUUCAUUCGAUUCGUUUAUCGGAAUCGUAAUCGCAAUUAAUUGUCGAGGUUCGAUUCAGAUCUGCACAGAUCACGGUUUCUCAGCCAGGUUAUUUUCAUUACUGAACUGUGUAGAUCUGGAAAAAAAAUUGGUGUCAGUAUCUGUUGGAAUUGGAACCAAAUAUUUAGUAGGAUUUCAUUGCCAAUCAUCAUAGCUAUGAAAGCCAUGUUGUGAUAUAUGAUAACUGAAGUGAAGUAGAAGCUCUAUUUGAAGAUUUCAAAACUGCAUUAAUGAUGAGGGGAAGAUCAGAUGGAGGGCAAAAGAAGAGGUUGUUCACUUCCGUAUGUGUCGUGGCAAUCUUUCUUGUCUUUCUUUAUGUAUAUUUUGGUUCUCAUAAUCAUGGUGAGUCAGCUCUAGAGUAUGGCCGGUCUUUGAGGAAACUUGGGUCAUCUUAUUUGGGUGGGGAUGAAGAUAGUGAUCUUGGCAGCAAGCAAGAUGAAUCUUCAACAAGGUUUGGGCAGGAAGACGGAGAAGAUGGUAUCACACCAAAGAGCUUUCCUGUUUGUGAUGAUCGACAUUCGGAAUUAAUUCCUUGCCUAGACAGGAAUCUUAUAUACCAAAUGAGAUUGAAGUUGGAUCUAUCUUUGAUGGAGCACUAUGAACGACAUUGCCCUCCACCCGAGAGGCGAUACAAUUGCUUGAUUCCUCCACCACCAGGGUAUAAGAUCCCAAUCAAGUGGCCUAAAAGUAGAGAUGAAGUGUGGAAAGCAAACAUACCUCAUACUCACCUUGCACAUGAGAAGUCUGACCAAAACUGGAUGGUUGUAAAAGGUGAGAAGAUAGUGUUUCCUGGGGGAGGCACUCAUUUUCAUUACGGAGCAGAUAAGUACAUCGCUUCACUUGCAAAUAUGCUCAACUUUUCGAAAAAUAAUUUAAACAACGAGGGAAGGCUUCGGACAGUUCUUGAUGUUGGCUGCGGUGUUGCAAGUUUUGGAGCUUAUCUUCUUUCUUCUGAUAUAUUAACAAUGUCCUUGGCACCUAAUGACGUGCAUCAAAAUCAGAUCCAGUUUGCUCUAGAGAGAGGAAUUCCUGCAUAUCUUGGAGUUUUGGGGACAAAGAGGCUUCCUUAUCCAAGCAGAUCUUUUGAACUUGCUCACUGUUCUCGUUGUAGGAUUGACUGGCUUCAAAGGGAUGGAAUUCUUCUGCUCGAGUUAGAUCGGGUGCUCAGACCAGGAGGCUAUUUUGCCUACUCAUCUCCUGAAGCAUAUGCGCAAGAUGAAGAGGAUCUUAGAAUAUGGAGACAGAUGAGUGCACUUGUGGAGCGCAUGUGUUGGAAAAUAGCAGUCAAAAGGAACCAAACUGUCAUUUGGGUUAAACCUUUAACAAAUGAUUGUUAUUUGGAAAGAGAGCCUGGUACUCAACCUCCUCUCUGCCGGUCUGAUAAUGACCCAGACGCAGCAUGGGGUGUGCCGAUGGAACCAUGCAUUACCCCUUACUCUGACCAUGACCACAGCACUGGGGGAAGUGGAUUGGCUCCUUGGCCAGCUCGAUCAACUGCUGCUCCUCCCCGUCUCGCUGAUUUUGGCUAUUCAACUGGAAUGUUUGAAAAGGACACGGAACUUUGGCGUCGGAGGGUUGAGAAUUACUGGAAUCUAUUAAGUCCAAAAAUUAAAUCUGACACUCUACGGAACUUGAUGGACAUGAAAGCAAAUCUGGGGUCAUUUGGAGCUGCUCUGAAGGACAAAGAUGUUUGGGUGAUGAAUGUUGUCCCUGAGGAUGGACCAAACACACUCAAGUUGGUGUAUGAUAGGGGCCUGAUUGGCUCAGUUCACAACUGGUGCGAAGCCUUCUCAACAUACCCCCGGACUUACGAUCUACUCCAUGCUUGGACUGUGUUUUCCGACAUUGAGAAGAAAGGCUGUAGUGCUGAGGAUCUGCUGAUUGAGAUGGAUCGCAUUCUCAGGCCUACAGGUUUUAUUAUUAUCCGGGACAAACAACCAGUGAUAGAGUUUGUGAAAAGGUAUCUACAAGCAUUGCACUGGGAAGCAGUGGCAACGGCUGAUUCCUCUUCGGACUCAGACCAGGACGGGGAUGACUUUGUCUUUGUCAUCCAAAAGAAGCUGUGGCUGACAAGCGAAAGCCUGAGGGAAUCAGACUAAGGCAACACAACCUCUUUGUUCGUGAUUCAUAUUAUUUCCUGCUCUCAGGGUUUACGAAGCAUUUCCUAAGAGCAACGGGGUAAUCAGUUUCAUUUUGUAGCAUUAACUGAUGUUUUACUGUAUCUUCCUUGUUUUUACAGCUUCUCUUAUUUUGAUUUAGUUGAUGAGCAAUAGACUACCAUCAUAUCUAUAGGCUAUUUUUCUACACUUUCCUUUUGGUUGUUUUUCUAUUGUGCCUUAUGAAAGCCACUGCAGCAAAUGAUCAAUAAUCCAAACAUGGAAGAUAUGUUGUUUAAAACGCUAUCAAGUGGCUCUUGAAUUCAUUUAUAAUUUAUAAACGAAUGCUCUACUGCUUCACCACUGUGAAUUUCAUUUUCUUGUUUUCCUGUGGUUCUUAAUUAUGCUAUUGAGAACUUUAUAUAUAUAUAUUGGAUGGGGCAUUUUCUUUCUCAA